UUUUACUUUCAAUUAGCUAAGAAGCCUAGGAGUUUGUGAUGGAGGUAUUCGUAUUUGCGGUAUUUUUUUGAAUUAUGGGCUCGUAAAAUUGAUAAUCGUUGAGUAUAUGCUGUUGUUGACCACUAAUUGAUUCUAAGUUUUGUUUGUAUCUUAACAUUUGGGUAAUUUACUUAGCGCGAAUCAAAGCAACAAGAUGUCAGGGCUUCUUGCAAUGGCUGUUAAAAAAAAGGUUUCGGACGCCGCUCCGGCUGCCGCUACUAAGCAAGCUGUUGAAGAUGCAGGAGGAACUGAAAAUCUAGACGCCACCGAAGAUGUACUGGCGCAAGCUGAGGGAGCCGAGCUAACACCUGCACAGAAGCGCGCGCAAGAGAGGCAGGAUAAAGAGGAAAAGCUCAAAGCAAAAAGUCGUUCUUUCAUCGCGGAAACGAUAGACGAUAUCAUGGAAGGAUUUGCUGAGGUAUGGUCCUAUUUGUGAUGGCUUAUUCUUCCGAUCGUUCUUUUUGAGAGGUAUUAUUUGUGUUUCUCGCUACUGCGGUAAAUAUCAUUAUAACACAGAUGAAUCAUCAAUUUUUACCAGUGCUACCGCGUCACGACUGGUACAAUCGAAGAAACCUCGGCGAUGGCGAGCAGGACGAUCUAUCCUAUAAAAGAAUACCUAAUAGGAACACGAACGACGCAAUUCGUCGUCCCAGAGACAAGCACGAUGAUAGAAGAAACGACAUUUGAAAUGAAAUGACGAUCGCGUCGUUCAGAAUGUAGAACGUUCUGGUGGUCGUGCUUGCAAAGCAAUACGUAGGUCAUGACAGAUCCAUCGCAAAAAUGAUCAACAACUGUAUAACUUGAUGGUUGGAGCAAUGAACACACAUAUUAUGGGAGAUGACGCUAGGACUGUCCGCCGCGUUCUCGAUCUUUGUGGUUGUUGUUCACGAAAAACUAAGAGCGUGAUUUGAUGCAUACUAUGGCAGAAAUAAGUGACGCAGGUCAUUUUUAUUAUCAUUCUUGACACCACACAGGGUAACC